AUGCUAAGUUUAGUAUUUUUGGGCGUCGAAAAGGUACGCGGCGUACCUGCUCCCUUGUCCACCUCGGCGUCCGCGAUCCAGCAGGCAUUUCCGGCCGUUUCGGCCUCGCGUCACGGGGGCGUCGUGGCGGUCGUGGUGAUCGCGCCGCGCCCGCCCGAACCCGCGAGGAAAUAUUCCCCCGCUGGCUCGUCGUGCCACGCCACCUUCCACCAGCCCCCGCGCCCCCGCCUCCGCUCCGCACGUUCCAGAGGCGGAGGGAGAGGCGACGGGGACGGGUACAAAUUUCCUUCCAGAAUCUCGCUUCCCCACCACUUGCAGUCUCGCAUACCCUCCGCCAGUCCGCCUCAUCUCUCUCUGGCCGCCCCGCCGACGGCCUCCCGCUCCCGUGCCGAGCCCCCAACUCGCAGGUCAGCUUUGGUAAUUGGCCACACCCCUCGUCAUCACAAUGGCAGAGGCACUUAUUGCUUGCUCUCCUAAAGUGGAUCCGAAGAUAGAGAAACCUGAUGAGAUGGUUACAGCUGGUGUUCUUGCAAGUCUCCAGAAUUUCCUACGCAAGUGCCUCAUAGCUGUCAUCUCAUAUGGCCCAAUGCCCAAGCACAUAGCGUUUAUUAUGGACGGUAACCGCAGAUAUGCUAAAUUUAGAAGCAUCCAGCAAGGAGCUGGUCACAGGGUGGGUUUCUCUGCUCUUAUUGCAAAUCUGCUGUACUGCUAUGAAAUGGGUGUGAAGUACAUCACGGUUUAUGCAUUUAGCAUUGACAAUUUUAAAAGGGACCCAAGUGAGGUGCAGUCCUUGAUGCAGUUAAUGGAGGAAAAGAUCAAUGAGUUAUUAGACAGCCGAAGCGUGAUCAACAGGAUUAACUGUAAGAUCAACUUCUGGGGAAACUUGGACCUGUUAGCUGAGCCAGUGAGGUUAGCAGCUCAGAAGCUGAUGGCAAGCACGGCUGGAAGCACAGGGUUAGUUCUCUCUGUCUGCAUGCCAUAUAACUCGACUUCUGAGAUUGUCAAUGCUGUUAACGAGGUCUGCGCAGAAAGGAGGGAGAUGCUGCAGAGAGAACAUGCCAGCGACUCUAAUGGUCAGGCUGCAAAUAACAGUGUGCAUUCGGAGAUUUCAGUGGCCGAUUUGGAUCGCCACAUGUAUAGCGCUGGUUGCCCGGAUCCUGAUAUCGUGAUCCGGACUUCAGGUGAGACUCGGCUGAGCAAUUUCCUCCUGUGGCAGACGACGUUCAGUCAUCUGCAGAACCCAGGCCCCCUCUGGCCUGAAUUCUCGUUCAAGCAUCUUGUUUGGGCUAUAUUAAAGUACCAGAGAGCCUACCCUUAUCUGGAGCAGAACAGAAAUGUGGCAAAGAAGCAACUCUGAUCUGGUGUUGUUUGCAGGGUGAUACAUCAUACUAGGGUGAUUAUAGCUAUAGCACAUCUAGCUUAUAUGCCAAAACGAACACAGCUUAUGGACAUGUUUCAGGUCACAAUGUAUCUGCCAUUCUACUAAUUGUGUGACUGAUUUGAGCUUGUACACAUAUUGUGAUUCCUGGAUUUGUACUGUAUGAAUACCAAAUUUUACUAAGCAAAGUGCCUUGUCUCUC